UGUGCAAAUAUAUAAUAGUAUUUUGGAUGAUCAACUUUACUUACCACUCUUUAUGGGUAACUGAGGUCUGUCGCUUUGUAGAAUUGUAUAAUUAGGGUUAGAAGAGUUGAUGGUGGUUAUGGCGAAGUACUAUUACUUCCCGGAGGAGGUGGUGGAGCACGUGUUCGAUUACCUGACGUGUCACAGGGAUCGGAAUGCUGUGUCUGUGGUGUGCAAGUCCUGGUACAACAUCGAAAGGCUCAGCAGAGACAAGGUCUUGGUCGGUAACUGCUACGCCGUCACUCCUGAGAGGGUGAUUGCACGGUUUCCGAGGCUGAAAUCCCUAACCCUGAAGGGGAAGCCUGAUUCUUAUGUUUUCAGUCCUCACUGGGGAGGCUUUCUUCACCCUUGGAUUGAGACCAUCGUCUCCACCGGACUUCAUUUGGAGGAGCUUCGAUUGAAGAGGAUGGUGGUUUCCGAUAAGACCCUCCACUUGAUUUCUCAAUCCUUUCCUAAUUUCAAGUCUUUGGUUUUGGUCGGAUGUCAAGGUUUCUCCACCGAUGGUAUUGCCGCUAUUGCUUCCAAUUGCAGGUUUUUAAGAGAGUUGGACUUGCAAGAAACUUUAGCAGAUGAUGCCAGAGGACAGUGGCUUAGUUGUUUCCCGGACGACUGCACCACCCUUGUCUCAUUAAAUUUUGCUUCUCUCAGAGGACAAGUUGACUUUGUAGCUCUCGUGAAACUGGUGGCCAGAUGUCCGAACCUAAGAAGUCUGAGGGUAAAUUGUCUCGUGCCUCUUCCUGUUCUUCAGAGGAUUUUACUUCAAGCUCCUCAGUUGGUGGACUUGGGGGUGGGGUCCUUUGCCACUAAUCCAGUUUCAGAGACUUACAAUAAACUAAAGAAUGCUCUUCAGAAGUGUACUUCAAUUAGGAACUUGUCUGGAUUUCUCAGUACAGUGGAUACUUCCUGCCUACGUGCUAUUUAUCCAGCCUGCAAGAGUUUGACAUCCUUGAAUUUGAGCCGUUCGCCUAUCAGCAGUAGUAAACUUUGUGAACUUAUUCAUCAUUGCCGGAAGCUAGAGUGCCUAUGGAUUCGAGAUAUCAUUGGAGAUAAAGGUCUCAGCAUUGUGGCUUCUACAUGUAAAGAGUUACAGGAAUUAAGGGUCUUCCUUUCGACAGAGUUUUCUGGUGUUACCGAAGAAGGCUUGGUUGCUGUAUCAGUUGGUUGCCCUAAGCUUAAAUCAUUGUCGUAUAUGUGCAGACAGAUGACUAAUGCAGCACUGAUAACUGUGGCAAAAAAUUGCCCCAAUUUAGUUUGUUUCAUAUUGCAGACUGUGAGCCCAAAAAUGCCAGAUGCAAUGACUAAACGGCCACUUGAUGAAGGUUUUGGGGCGAUUGUACAGUCAUGCAAAGGCCUUAAGCGGCUGAGACUCUCUGGUCUUUUAACUGAUCAAGUAUUCCUUUACAUAGGAAUGUAUGCUGAGCAGCUCAAGACACUAACCAUACACUUUGCUGGAGACAGUGAUGACGGGAUGUUAUAUGUGUUGAAUGGGUGCAAAAAACUGAAAAAACUUGAUAUUAAGAAUAGCCCUUUUGGUAAUGUGGCACUGCUGGCGGACGUGAGGAAGUAUGAAACAAUGCGAUCCCUUUGUAUGCUGUCCUGCCAAGUGACCCUUGGAGCAUGCAAGGCACUGGCUCAGGAGAUGCCAACGCUCAAUGUGGAGAUCACUAGCCCUGAUGGUCAUGAUGAUAAAAUAGAGAAGAUGUACUUGUAUCGCACACUGGUUGGGCCGAGGAGAGAUGCACCUAAUUUUGUUCAGACGUUGUAGAGGAUAAUUCGUGUGCAUC